AAAUUCAAUCAACUGUCAACGAUCUGUCAAAUCGACAACGCGUUUUGCGUGUAUUUUAUUUCUAAAUAAAAUUUUAAAUCGGCUAAAAAUGGCAGAAAAACCACCCGAGGAAGUAUACGUUUCCGUUGUAGACGAAGAGCCUGAGAUAUUUGAGCUAUUGAAGUGGGAUUCGUCGCACACACAGAAGCCCCAAGAGCCGAGACCCGUAGAGAAAGUGCCGACGCUCGAAAAAAGAAGUAGCAAACCACAGGAUUGUUAUCCUUUCGAUCUCGACGAUACUGUGUUUAUAGACACAUACAGACUAUCAAAAAACUUAGUCAGGAAUCUCUGUGAGGAACUGAAACCUGUAAUGCCAGAUUCAACAAAAUUUGUCGAGUUUUCAAUCGAGAACAAAGUGUUAGCAACUCUAUCAUUUUACGCAACAGGUAAAUAUCAGAGAACGGCAAAAAUGGAUUCAAGCAUAAAUCAGUACUUUGCAACAACAGCAGUUAAGCAAGUCACAGAAGCUCUGAAUGACCCAGCCAUUGUUAAAAAAUAUAUACACUUCCCGCAUUUGAGAAAUGAACGGGAUGUCAUUAAAACUAGAUUCUACAUGAAGUAUGGCAUUCCUAAUGUUGUGGGUUGUGUUGACUGCACACAUGUUCCUAUUGCCCGGCCUGAAGAUGACCAGAAGCUACAUCACAACAAAUCCUAUCAUUCAAAGAAAGUUCAAAUUAUCUGUGAUAGUGACUGCAAUAUACUGAGUGUGGACUCUACUGCGGGAGGUGCAAUGUCUCACGAUGCUAUACUGCAGAGACACGCUGUCAAGAACGAUCUGGAUAGCUUGAACAGAUCUGGAGAGAACUGCUGGCUCAUAGGUGGUCCGCACUACACUCAAAAGAUAUACCUCAUGGUUCCGAUACCGAAAAUAACGAAGAAAUCCCCAGUCUCCCCUGAGAAAUACUACUCCACCAUGCACUCGCAAGCCCACAGCGCCGUCUUAGAAACGAUAAAGCAGCUGAAAAGCAGAUGGAAAUGUCUCCAAGCGACUUGCAAUAAGCAGCUGGACCCGCCCAGCGUGGCGCAGCUCAUCGUGGCGUGCUGCGUGCUGCACAACAUCUGCGGACAGUACUGCGUGCCCGCGGUCCAGAUGGCGCCCGCCGAGGAGAGGCUGGAAGCAAUGAAGCAGAAGGUGGCCAACGGACCCGUGCCGCGGAAGCAGAUCGAGGACCACGACGGCAUGCAGAUCAGGACCAGAUUGGUUGAAAGGUUAUGGAACGAAAGAAGAGUAGCUCCUGAAUCAGGUACGAAGAAACGAAAAAAGAACGCAACAGUGGCGUGUCCGCAGCCGCCGCCCCAGCCCGCCCCCCCGCACCACCACCACCACGCGCCGCCCCACUACCAGCACCUGCACGACGAGGCCAACAAGAGGCCGCGCGUCAUAUCCAUGGGCUACGGUCUCAACGUGCAGCCGGGGUGGGAGCACUACCCGCAGCACUGAAGGGGGGGGGGGACUGUUGACAACACUUGCACAUAUAAGUUCAUUUAUAUCGAUAAAUAUGUAUAUCGAUAUUGAAAAUGGUCGACCGUUUCCAGGGACCGGGGGAAGCUGUGCUCAACAACUCUGAAAUUCAAAUCGAAACAAUGAAAUUAAGAUAAACAUGAGAAAUAGUCCACAUAUUUCUGCCUACAGUUUCUCAAGAAAGGACACUUUUGUUUCAAGAAAUAUUUUUGUUUUACAAAAAUUAAGUUAGUCGGUGAGUGCCUUACCGCAGCGACCCAGUGAUUUUGGGUUCGGAUACCAGGAGACGUCGUUCUUAGCAGUCCUACGCUGUUGCUCGCCACUGGACAGCUUACAGUUACAGCCACCACUGCGGUGGCUGCGACCCGCACCCGAAGUUGUCGACUGAUGAGGCUACGUUGAUCAGCAAUGAUGAGUUCUGGCAGGCGAUGCUUGACUAUUACCUCGCAGAAGGAGGAACGGGAGAAGGGGGGUUAUUUCUUUCCCUCUCAGCGCCGUGCCGUCUCCAUCGAGCGGGGGGGGGGCGUCGUCCGCGGAGUCCCUCUACUGUUGCCGGAUCUCGAACAGAUAUCGAAACUUGCUCGAAAAAAUGUACACCCAUUUUAUCGCGCGAUUACCUCGCAUAUUCCAUCUGGACGAGCGACACCUAGUGUUAGUUGGGUUCGACCACCAAUUCUUAAACUCAGCCCUCAUUCUUGGACCACAAACUAAAUUAUCUAAAUUUGAUAAUUUAAAAUUAAUUUAGUAAUGUAAACCAUGUACCGUGAGUUGACUAUCUAUUUAUCUCCUCAGACAAUAUAACAAAAUGUUCUACUGCUAAUGUGACAAUAAAUAUAUCCACUGCAGAGUUGGGCGUGUGGUGAUUGAUAAUCAAGAUUAGAAGAGUAAGACAUAUUAGAGAGUAGGAAAGCGAGCUGAGAGCGCGGGUGCGUUGACCUCGCGCGAACAUCGUUACGUGAUACAUUGCGUGCUUUGUAAAAUAUAAUUAGAAAACAUAAAUGUAUUAGGAAUUAUUGGGAAUACUAAUAACUAUAUUUCCCCUCGUCGUUCCUUUAAAAGACUGGUGUUCUGUAACAUAUUGUUGGUAUGAUUUUUUUUAUCUCACUGAGAGCUUUCAAGGCAGCUGAUAGUCUCGCUUUAGUGAUCUCUAUAGAGUUUCGUAUCGGUCCAAUGUUGUCUGGCCAGUGUGCUUCUCUGCUUUAAGUAAACAUUCUGUGGGGCCAUAAUAAUAAAAAUAUGAAAGCAAGUCCUCACACUCAAACCGCUGAGUCGAUUUCAACCGAAUUCGGUCCGAGAAUAGUUUGAAUUGAAAGGAUAUAGGCCAGGGGUGGCCAACUAGAUUAGAACCAAGAUCUACUGUCUGCUGACGAAAUACUGCGAUCUAUCAAUGAACUUUCUCGAAAUUUAAUGAAACAAAUGUAGUUCAGUAUACAAAUAAGCAGGUAGUGUAUUUUCUUUUAUUAAAUACUAGCUGACCCGGCAGACUUCGUAGUGCCUCAAUAAAUAAAUAAAAGACCUAAGCUUUUGUAUAAAAUAAACUUAAAACAAUCAAAAGGAAUUCGUCCGACGGGGGACACAUCAAAGGAAAAACAAAAUUAUUAUUUAUAAUUAAUAUUUUUUUAAUUAAAUAUAAGUAAUAUAAUAAUUAAUUUUAUUUAAUUAGGGGGACACUUCAAGGGAAAAACAAAAUUAUUAUUUAUAUAUAUAUUUUUUUAAUUACAUAAAAAUAAUAGAAUAAUUAUUUUUAUUUUCAUAUUUAUCUACCUUUUAAACCUUCUCUGGACUUCCACAAUUCAAGACCAAAAUUAGCCAAAUCGGUCCAGCCAUUCUCGAGUUUUAGUGAGACUAACGAACAGCAAUUCAUUUGUAAUAGAUAUUAAAAUAAACCUGAAAUUAUAUAAUAAAAGAGAACUAUUGUGUAGAAGUGAUCAUAAAUAAUGUGACGUAAUGGUCAUUAACAAAUGAUACAAGAUGAAGAUGAUACGUGCAUGAUCAUGAUUGGUGAUUACGUUGCGCAGUUUGUUCUAUGUAUUUAUAUUUUUUGUCCUGCCACGAUCGACUGAACUAAUAGCCACGAUCUAGCGGUUGGCCACUCCUGAUAUAGGCUAUCAUUCCCCUGUCGAGCACGACUUAUGAGACUGACGUCACCCAGCCCACAGCAAGAAGUAUCACUUGCAGACCGGUGGCAGCCACUCAAGUCACCACGAGAGAAUGCUCGACCCUGGCUGAGGCUGUCAGGGCGCACUCGAGACUUUGCCCUCGCGGUCCGUGGAGCCUCACCAGACAACAUGCCACAAUUACGGCUGUCACGAUGUUAACAACACGAAACUAUUAAUGUAUAGGAAAAAUUGCAACGGUGCGUUUUUGUAAGUUGAAUCUCUCUAGUUUUAUUUUAUAUUAUACGUAUUCUGUUUAGUUCGUACUGAUGUACUAAUUAUAGUUUAAUGUUUACCUUGUAAGUUAAAUAUAUUUACAUUGAUUUAAUGCAGUUUUUUGUUUUUGUACAAAACUUUUAAUGUACAACGAAUAAAACUAUAUGAAAAAUUA